AUGAGGUCGUUGAAUUACGUGCACCGUGUGAGUUUGGACUUUUCGGGCACGCUCUUUCCCCACGCCAUUUGUCUGGGAGAUGCGGACAACGACGCGCUGAACGAGCUGGUGGUGGGCGACACCGGCGGCAAGCUUCACGUGUUCAAGAACGACGACUGCAAAGCGUGGCUCACCCGGACUUGCUCGGGCACGCUGACGUGCGUGGCCGUGGGCGACGUGUGCAACAAAGGGAAGAACUUUGUCGUGGGAGUGGGCGCGGAAGGCUGGUUCCACCUCUUCGACUUGAGCGCCGCCAAGGGCGACUCGGCGAGCCUGCACGAAGGCUCGGCCGGGGACGAUCAGAAGCCCUUCUUUACGCAGCACAUCCCCGCCAACACCAAAGUCCUCCUCAUCAGCGACAUAGACGGCGACGGACGCAGCGAGCUGGUGGUGGGCUACACCGACCGGGUGGUCCGAGCGUUCCGGUGGGAAGAGCCGUCGGACGCUUCCGAGGCGGGGUCCGGUCAGCUGGUUCUGCUGAAGAAGUGGCUGCUGGAAGGACAGGUAGACAGUCUGUCUGUAAACCCGGGUCCGGAGGGCCUCCCGGAGCUGAUGGUGUCCCAGCCUGGCUGCGGUUACGCCAUCCUGCUGUGCUCCUGGACGCAGCGGGACUCGCCGGUAACCGACGACGACGACGAGGACUCGCGCACCGGGACCGCCAGCGAGGGGCCUUCUCGAGACGUCGUUCUCCAUCUGACCAGCGGGCGGAUUCACAACAAGAAUGUGUCCACGCACCUCAUCGGAAGCAUCAGCAAAGGCUCAAAAGAGGAGUCGUCAAAAUGCGGCCUCUUUGCUCUCUGCACUUUAGACGGGACCCUGAAGUUGAUGGACAGCUCCGAGCAGCUGCUUUGGUCGGUGCAAGUGGAUCACCAGCUUUUUGCCCUGCAGAAGCUUGACGUCACGAGGGACGGGCGAGAAGAGGUGGUGGCGUGCGCCUGGGACGGCCAGACGUACAUCAUCGACCACAACCGCGCCGUCGUACGCUUCCAAUUUGACGAAAAUGUCAACGCCUUCUGCGCCGGCCAGUACACGUGCAAGGAAGGCAAAAACAGCCCGUGUCUGGUGUACGUCAGCUUCAACCAAAAGAUCUACAUUUACUGGAAGGUGCAUCUGGAGCGCAUGGAGUCCACCAACCUGGUGCGUGUUCUGGACGAGCGCCCCGAGUUCAGACCUCACCUGGCGGCGCUCGGAGUCGAUGGCGACCCGGCGGCCGUCAGAUCUCUGCUGGCUGACGUUCUCUACAAAGACGCGUGCUGA